AAAAAUGGACAAAAGAACAAUGUACAGUAGUUUUUGUUAGUACGAAUUAAUAGUACAUGCACCUAUUUUCCCCUGUUUCCUUCCCUCUGUCUAAAACCCAAAACCCUAACAUUGAACUAGCAGCAUUAGCUUCACAGCCGCCGCCUUGCUCACUUUUCUCCGGCUCUUCUCUAUAAAACUACAAACAUUGGAGUUAUGAGCAUGGAGACGGUUGGGUCUGAGCAGCAGUCAAGGGAGAAAAUGAAGACAGACAAGAAAAAAAGGAAGGCCGAAACAGAGGUACCUGAUACCCCAUCAACCCCUCACAAGAUUUCUAGCAAUCCUAUGGAGAAGAAGAAGCAAAAAAGAGCUCUAGACAAAGAGAAGCGCAAACUGGAGUCGGAGAAAAUGGUCGAAGCCAAGCGAAAAUUAAUAGCUUCUGAAUUGAGAAGUAAUCAGAAGACAGUGAUUUCUCCUACUACUAGUGGGUUGCCCGAGUUCCACAUUAGUAUAUUUAAGGACCUUGCAGCUGCUGAGACUUCCAUUAGAGAAGCAGCUGCUCAUUCUUUAGUUGCUGAGUUGCUUGAAGUUCAGAAGGUUUAUGAUAGUAUCGCCAACAAGGAAGUGAUUGAGGGACAGCUCAAAUUGGAAGCUGAUAAGGAUGAUGGGUUGAAUAACUGUGCCCCUUCGUUGAGAUAUGCAGUUCGAAGGCUAAUUCGAGGCGUUUCUUCAUCAAGAGAGUGUGCAAGGCAAGGAUUUGCAUUAGGCAUGACAGUUUUGGUUUGUGCAGUUCCAUGCAUAAAAGUGGACGCACUGUUGAAGCUAAUUGUUGAAUUGUUGGAGAUCUCUUCUUCCAUGAGGGGUCAGGAAAAAAAAGAUUGCCUAUUGGGGCGAUUAUUUGCUUAUGGAGCUAUUGCAAGAUCAGGAAGAUUAACUUUAGAGUGGACUGCUGAUAAGAACACUCCUUACAUUAAAGAAUUUGUUGGUUCUCUCGUCUCGCUGGCAAAAAUGAAGCCUUACUUACAAGAACCUGCUGUCUCAAUUAUGUUGGAGUUGGUUGACAAGUUACCUGUUGAAGUUUCAUUGAAUCAUAUACUUGAAGCUCCUGGACUUAAAGAGUGGUUUGAAAGUGCAAUGGAAGUUGGAAAUCCUGAUGCUUUGCUUCUUGCCCUUUCUAUACGUGAAAAAACUGGUGUCGAUAAUAAAGAUUUUGGCAAGCUUCUGCCUUUUCCGUAUAGCCCCGGCCGGCUUUUCAGCGUGGAACAUUUGUCCUUGCUUUCCAAUUGCUUGAAGGAAUCCCACUUCUGUCAGCCACGAACUCAUAGUGUAUGGUAUUCCUUGGUAAAUAUACUUUUACCUGAAAAUGUUCUACAAGAUUUUGAUCCCUCUGCAGCUUUAAAUUCCAUUAAAAAGCACAAAAAAGGCCGCAAGGGUAGCUCAGCAGAAGAAGAUAUUGAGAAAAAUGUUAAAAACUUUAGUGAAGUUAUCAUUGAAGGAUCACUUCUUCCAUCAUCUCAUAAUUGCAAGAAUUUGGCUUUCAAUGUUCUUCUGCUUCUCCUUCCAAAACUGCCUGCAUCGUGCAUCUACAAUGUUCUGUCUUACAAAGUUGUGCAGUGCUUAAAGGAUGUACUUUCCAUGAAAGACACUAAUCUAUUCAAAGCCGGUCAAUACUUUUUACGAGAAUUUUCUGAGUGGGUGAAGCAUGAUGAUGUUAGAAGAGUGGCAGUUAUCAUGGCUCUACAGAAGCAUAGUAAUGGGAAGUUUGAUUGCUUCACCAGGUCAAAAACUGUAAAAGGGUUGAUGUCUGAGUUCAAAACUGAGUCUGGAUGCAUGCUUCUCAUUCAGAACUUAGUUGACAUGUUCCUGGACGAAGCUCGUGCUUCUGAGGAGCCUUCAGAUCAGAGUCAAACUACAGAUGACAACUCAGAAAUUGGUUCCUUAGAAGAUAAGGAUUCUAUUGGAGCAGUAGGAACAUCAGACUUUUUGAAAAGAUGGGUUGUAGAGUCACUUACCAAUAGCUUGAAGCAUUUAACUCUGGAUACAAAUGCAAAGUUCAGGGUCCAAAGAGAAAUUCUAAAAUUUUUGGCAGUUCAGGGUCUAUUUUCUUCAACUCUUGGAACUGAGGUAACAUCUUUUGAACUGGAAGAAAAAUUUAGGUGGCCAAAGUCUCCCAUUUCAAGUGCUCUUUGUAGGAUGUGCAUUGAGCAGCUACAGUUACUGCUAUCAAAUGCUCAAAAAGGCGAUGGACCUCAAGUUGUGACAAGUGGCCUUGAAAUUAAUGAUCUUGGAGCUUAUUUCAUGCGAUUUCUUACUACAUUGCGAAACAUUCCUUCUGUUUCGCUAUUUAGGUCCUUGAGCGAUGAUGAUGAAGAAGCUAUCAAAAAAUUGCAGGCUAUGGAGUCUCAGCUCUCAAGACAGGAGAGAAACUUGGGUCCAAGUAUUGACACAAAUAAAUUUCAUUCCAUGAGGUACCUUCUGAUACAAUUGUUGCUUCAAGUCCUACUUCGGCCUCAAGAAUAUUCUGAAGCUGCCUCUGAAUUGGUUAUUUGCUGUACCAAAGCUUUUCGAUCAUCCGAUCUUCUUGCUUCCUCUGGAGAAGAUGAAGCAGAGGGAGAUGACACACCCGAAUUCAUGGAUGUUCUAGUGGACACCAUGCUUUCGUUGCUGCCACAGUCAUCAGCUCCGAUGCGAACCGCUAUUGAACAGGUGUUCAAAUGUUUUUGUCAUGAUGUCACGGAUGAUGGGUUACUUCGAAUGUUGCGGGUUAUAAAGAAAGAUCUCAAACCAGCCAGACACCAAGAAACAGACAGUGAGAAUGAUGAUGAUGAGGACGACGAUGACGACGUUCUUGACAUCGAAGAAGCAGAGGACUCUGAUGAAGCAGAGAUGGACGAAACUGCAGAGGGUGAUGGACAUGCAGAUGACUCGGAGACAGUAGUUGACGUUGAGGGUGUUAGCGCAGAACGUCCUCAAGCUUCUGAUGAUGAUUCUGAUGAGGGAAUGGAUGAUGAUGCAAUGUUCCGCAUGGACGCCCAUCUAGCUAAAAUGGUCCAGGAUAGGAAGAACCAGGCUGGUGGUGAAACUGCUCAUUCACAGCUUGCCCUCUUCAAACUCCGUAUCCUCUCUUUGCUGGAGAUCUACCUACAUGAAAAUUCAGGGAAACCACAAGUGUUGAAAAUAUUCUCUAGCCUAGCUCAAGCAUUUGUAAACCCGCACACUACAGAAGGUAACGAACAACUUGGCCAACGAAUUUGGGGAAUUUUACAGAAGAAAAUCUUCAAGGCAAAGGACUAUCCAAGAGGUGAAGCCAUCCAACUCCCAGUGCUUAAGUCACUCCUGGAAAGGAACUUGGCACUGGCCGCGAAGCCUUUCAAGAAAAAGAAAUCUGCUUCUAGCUUGUCAAAGAAAAAGCUGUCUGCUGCCUUGAAUAGAUACAAAAUGAUCAUUUCUCUUGCUCAGAGUUCAACAUUUUGGAUUUUGAAGAUAAUUGAUGCGAAAAACCUUCCAGAGUCCGAACUUCAGGAGGUUUUUCGUAUAUUCAGAGGAAAGCUGGAGGGCUACUUAGAUAGCAAAAGUACUCGUAUGAAGUGUGAGUUUCUAAAAGAAAUUUUUAAAAGACGACCAUGGAUUGGACAUGAGCUAUUUGGCUUCCUUUUGGAGAAAUGUGCUAGUGCAAAGCUACAGUUUCGACAAAUUGAGGCUCUUGAACUAGUUAUUGAGAUUUUAAAAUCAACUGUGUCUUCAAACCCUGAUGAGAGCAGCCAUCUUACUAAGUUAGGCUCUCUUGUUAAUGUGUUGUUGAAAAAUAUGCCCGAGAAGGCGUCAAGACGAGCUGAUGUGCGGAAGUUCUGUGGUAAAGUAAUUCAGUUCUUAACAGACCCUAAGCUGAGAACCUCGUUUCUUAAGGCUCUGGAACCAGAUUGUGAAGCUCAACUGACCGAAAUGUUUCCUAUUUUGAAAAAGUGAAUGUUUGGGAAAUUAAUCAAGUAUCUACGAGAACAUUUAUUGUAUGUUGGAGUGAUCAGUGCGGCAUUGCCACAAGUUAUUUGUAGGUUUGUUGUAAUUGGAAUUUACCUACCCUUUUUUGCGAAUUUUUUUCUUUGGUUGUUGAAAAGCUUAUAGUAGCAACAGUUUUAGUAAUAUGUAGUUUUCACUGUGUAAUUGUACAAUGCUAAUUUUCAGCACAGCGUGCGUGAAUUUACAUACUGCAUUCGUCAUUCUUCA